AUGGAUUCUGCAAAGAAAGAUGGCGCAAGCCACAUCCCAUCCGAGCCGGAGCUGUGUAGCAACAAUUGUGGCUUCUUUGGCAGUGCUGAGAACCAAAACCUCUGCUCCAAAUGCUACAGGGAUCUGUGUAUUGAAGAGAAGCACUCUGCCACAGAGCCGUCUCUAGACUUAACUCUUGCUGUGGGAAAGCCAUCCUCGUCGGCUGAGCCAUCAUCGAGCCAAGCUGAGCCCUCAAAAGAGGUGGAACGGUGUGCAAGUUGCUUCAAGAAAGUGGGGUUAACCGGGUUUGUGUGCAAAUGUGGGGUCACCUUUUGUGGGACACAUCGCUACCCAGAGAAGCACCAAUGCUCUUAUGAUUUCAAAACUGCUGGCCGAGAUGCAAUUUCAAAGGCAAAUCCUGUCAUCAAGGCUGAUAAGGUUCAAAGGUUUUAG